ACCAGGGACUGUUGAAACAGGGAGAGAGCAGCUCAAGGAACUGACUCAGAGCUUGACUGGGAGUUUGUUUCUCACUUUUAAUCUGCAGUGAAACUUUUUAAACACCUAAUUUCAAUACUUUAGUUUCUAACAUUGCUGCAAUGUCGUCCAACGGGAGCUCCCUGGCCUGCGAGGGGAUGUACUCCAAACUGAUAGACGAUGAGGGUGAAUAUGACGAUUUGAACCGCAGGCCAGAUGUGAGACUCAGUGCUCACCCAGUAUCUCCGGUCAUGGUGAUGCCCAGGCCGAGCGGCCCAGGGCCCUACCGCCUCCUCACCUUCUGCCUGGCUGCGCUGUGUGGCGUCCUGCUGAUCUCAAUCAUAGCUGUCACCGCACACUAUAAGAACAAAACUCAGAGCGAUGUUGAAGGGAAGUCCGAGAUGCAGCGGCAGGACGUAAACACGUCGGCUCUGACCGCCUCCGUCAGCAAACUGCAGCAGGAGAAAGAGCAGCUUCAGCGAGAGAAGGACGAGCUGCUGGCCAAACUGGCCACCAAGAUGACUACAAAAGCUCCCACUGUGAUCAAACCUGUGACGAAGGCCCCUAUCGUCUGCCCCGUGGACUGGCAUCUCUUCAACAACAGCUGUUACUUCAUCUCCAGGACCACAAGGGAUUGGCCCGAGAGCCAGUCGUACUGCCAGAGCAAAGGAGCUCACCUGGCCAUCAUCCACACGGCAGAGGAGCAGACGUUUCUGUGGAAUCUCCUUCCCAGAAGCCACUGGAACGCCUUCUGGUUGGGGAUCACUGACGAGCACACAGAGGAUCAGUGGAAAUGGGUGGAUGGCACCCCGCUGGUCGAAGGUUUUUGGGAGGUCGGAGAGCCCAACAACCACAUCGACGAGGACUGCGGCUACAUUGUGAAGACUGAAGUACUGGAGCGAGUGCCGAUCCGGAGCUGGUACGACGCCCCCUGCUCCAUGUACUGCCGCUUCAUCUGCGAGAAAGAGAUGGGCGCCGGCGCCAGCACCGCCACGCCGCACUGAGCCGGGAGCACCGCGCUGACUGAAAACAAGUUCAGUAGUUUGGUGUAAGUCCAUUUUAUAUUUUUACCCCUAGCCCUUGUUUUGGAUUCACCCUUUUUUUUUUUUUACUUGCAACAGAGUUACAACGGGUUAGUAGUGGAAAUCUUCCCAAUGCAACAACCCUUGAAGACCCUGAUAUUUCAUCAGCAGUGCCGCACCAAGUCUGAGG